AUGGGUCGCGAGCACUCCGCGCGGGACCUGGCGGAGCAACUCCGAGAGUUCCGUGCCUCGGAGGGACGGAGCGACCGGUCUGGGACUGGCGGACUACCGAGAAACGGCCUACCGGGCCAGAGGGGUGAGCGCUAUCCCAUCGACGAGCGUGCCUCCGACUUCCUCGAGAAGGUGGACAGUGAGGUGCUAGCCACGGUGCUGGCUGAGUUCCGGCCCAAGCGAGAGGGCGAGGGGAACUACUCAGCCUUGGUGACGAACUUUGUCCGUUCAGUUCAAAGUCGUAUCAACCGACAGCAGCGCAAUGGACGGCACCCACCCAGCAGUAGUAGUGAGCCCAGCGAGCCCCGCGAGAAGCGCCGCGAGCGCCGGCGUCGCAGGUACGAGAGCAGCGAGAGCAGCCAGGACAGCUUCGGGCGCACGCGGAAGGAUGCUUCCCCGAAGGAGCGUACCCGGGCACGGAGAACAGCAGCUUCCAGCAGCAGUUCACCCAGAGUGAAGCCCCAGGUCAAAGUGAAUGCGAGCGACAACGAAAGUGGCGGCCCCUCGAGCAGCCUCCAAGAGCUUCAAGCCGCGGUGCAGGCUGCCCAGGAGCGUGUGAACCGGGUCGAGGCCGAUGCCCGCGACGAGGAGAGGCUCAAAAACAGCAAGGCCGAGGAUGAAGUGGCGCGGGAGGUGGAAGAAGCCGUGAACAUCGCGCGCGAGCGUGCGCAGCGGGAGAUGGAGUUCCAACUCGCCGAAGCCGAACGGAGGCUUCGCAUGGAGAUGGACCAGUCCAUCGACGAUGAGCGGCAAGCGGCCGAGGAGGCCGGCCGUGCACGGAAGAUGGAGCUGGAGAGGGAAGCACGGCAGGAGCGGGAACGCCUCAUCGAAGAAGCGGAGCGGGAGCUCCGACAGACACGGAAGCAGGUGAUCCUGGCCCAGAAGAAAGCCGACAAAGCGCACAAGAAGGCCAUCGCCAAGGCCAAGCAAAUGCUUUCAAGCUCCGCGAGCGAGCCGCGCCGUCCGAAGGAGAAGAAGGCCAAAGAGAAGGAGACAAAGAAAGAAAGGAAGCCGGCCUACAGCGCCUAA